GGAAGCGAGUGUGGGAAGGUCAAAAAUUAGACAUGGCGGCUCGCAGUGUGUUAAGGUCUGUUUGGAGCGGCUUUACUGGGUUAAAAACAGCCUUAACACGUACUAAUUUGAGCUCUCAUCAAAGAAUAAAUUCACCCUGUGUAUUUGCUUCGGUCUUUCAGAGCAGAGGGAUCCGCCAGGUGGUUCAGAGGCAAGAGGGGAAAGCAACAAUUAUUGAGGGACAAACCCUGGAUAUACCUGCAGAAAGACAGCCUCCAAACCCUACAGCCAAGUGUCCAAUUUACAGAUGGAACCUACAAAACAAAUACAAUUACACGGAUGUCUUGUUGUUGAGACAGUUCAUCAGGUCAGAUGGAGGGAUGUUGCCCAAAAGAAUCACUGGUCUCUGUCCAGAAGAACAUCGCAAAAUUGCCAUCUGUGUGCAGAUGGCUCACAGGGCUGGUCUACUUCCUGACCACAGACCCAAACUUCCAGAUGGCCACGUCCCAAAAAAGCCCAAGCAACAACUUAACAGAUACUUGACCCGUUAUUCUAUCAAAUCUGUGAAGCCCAUCUAUAAAAAGGGACUGAAAUGGUGUAAGAAGCGAAUGCCUGUUGGCCACCCAGCCCUACAGAACAAUGUGCGUUACGGUGUCAAGCCCCUUUACAUAAAGCACUGAAGGACUGACCGCUUGCUGAAUCGGUACAUCAACAGCAGGAGAAUGGGUGGGCCAGUUCUGUGAGGAAGCAGUGGAUUUUCACAUCUUUCAACUACAUCUACAGUUUACCCUGAGUCUUGUCAUCAUGCUUUGGGAAAAGGCCUAAAAGCUUCAACCAUCUGUAUUUAUUUUAUGUUUUGUUUAUAAAGCUGCGUCACUAUUUUAAUGAAUCGUGCCCAGUCACACCCAGAAUCAUCCGGUCUGUCUCUGCUAGUUCUCAAAGAGCUUUUGAAGUCAACUUACUGACAGCUUAAUGUGAACAACGACUAGGUCAGUGUUACGCUUACAUUGUAGGUGGGAUGUUGACUGUGUAUACUCAGCAACACAGAUGUGCAAAUAAAGUGUGUCUGUUUACUGUU